GUUGGCCGGAACUCCCGCAUGUAGGAACAUCACAAAGAUGCUACCUCGUGGCAUGCAAAGAAGGCCCACCCAAUACGUGCCAAAGACCCACACAAACCGUGCCAAAAGUUGCCUAAUGCGGAAGAUUAGGCGGCUCCUCGAUGUUUAUGUCCGUCAGGGGUCGGAUUCCGCUCUUUGUCACGCCAGGCUAACGCCGGGUGUUUGUCUGCAAGGCCACCAGGACGGGUAUAUAUACCUCGAAGGAUGUGCUCCGUACUUGAACCGUUGUCCAUCACCUCCCCACAUCUCACCCGAACCAAUCCGUCUGCUAAUGGCACCGUCGCCACGCAAGAAGGUCUCAAGGCCAUCGAAGGUAGCGCCAGCGGUAUGGGCCCGCAACAAGCUGGCCAUGUUGCCACUGGAUUCCACACCGCCACCCGAAUCUCCCAGGCUCGGCCACGGUGUCGAGUGUCCUGUCCGGGCUCCCAUCUUCCGCUAUGCCUCUGUGUCCGAGCUCGAGCAUGUGUUUGCCGCCCCUUCGCACGGGGAGUCUGAGCUCGAACUCAUCGAUCGCUACAAGAAAGGGCCAGCCCCGUUCGGCCAUGGCGGCGAGUUCUCCCUUGAAGGCCAUGCUAGUCUUGCGAGCGACGACGACGAGAAGACCGAGGCCGAUGAUGAGGAUAUCGACGAGGAUAUUCAAGUCGGCGGCGAGCACGCAAGAGUCGGGCGAUCCGAACACCGGCACAAUCAGGCUAUACAAGAUGCCGCUAGCGAGCCCGACGAAGAGAUCAACGUGCCCAAUCUUCUGAAGCAGCUUGGUGUUAACGACUCAGACGACGACAGCUCGGAUGACGACGACGACGAACACAUCAACCCUCUCACCGAAGAUAUCCCACCAGUCGACUGGAACGACGAUGAGCCUUACCAGCCCAUGGAUAUUGACAUCUACGCCGAACUCGAUGCCUUCGGCAUGGAUUCCAACGCGAACGACGAAGGCUACCAACCGGGCGAGUAUCUUAUCUCGCCCAACGGACCCUCCCUCUCCGCACGGAACCCACCGAGACUACCAGCGAACUACAUUCUACCAGUUAACGCAUUCGACGCGGGCUGUAUACUCCGACAACUCUACCCCCGCGUGCAGGACGCCGCAGCGCACAUGGACAGCAUCCCCCAAGAACAAACACUUACUGCUGCCCACCAAAGCAUAUGCCACUGCAAGGUCCCCGGCUGCGAGGCCCACGUAUCCAUAUACGAUUGGUGGCUGCACGCGUACACGCACUGCCCGAUCGUGGACUACGACGACGUUAUCAUGACUUUGCCCUGCGACGGCGAUCCUGUCGACCACGUCCAAUGCAUCUGCCUCGCCUGCAGCCGGCCAUUCGAGGCCGCGGACGCUCUUCGUCGCCAUACGAAGAAAGGUACUCAAUGUCACAAGCUGCACGGGGAGCGCCGGCGGGCAGCAGGCUUAGAGAAGGAUUAUUGGCUCUCGUUAAUGACCCCAUGGCAAGUCGAGAAAGCCGCCGAUGCCCUCGAAGCUCUCGAAGCUUCAGAUUGA